UUUACUUUAGCUGGGAGCACAUCUGGCUUGGUUUCAGACUACGAUUAUUCAUAUGACUACAGACAAUACAUUUAGCAUCCAUAGAAAGCUUCUGAAACUGUUCUCACUUGCUCAAGACGAAGUCUGUAUGGAAAGGCAGAAACUCUGAAUGGGCUUUGUGGAAAGAAUUUCAGAGGAAUCUAUGUCUGAGGGUUCUGGGAACUCUGUUGAUAGAAGGAAUUAAGUUAUUUUAAAAGCUGGGAUAAUACACUUUUCUUAAGUGAGUAAAAUGAGGAAUACUUGUCUCAGACAGAACAUACUGGAAUAAACAAUCACCACAUCAAGCAGAACUCAUCUAUAGUCUUGCUGGUGAAAUAGAUUCUUUUCUACAAGUACAUUGUCAAAAUGCCAUUCUUUGGCUGGAUGAAAUGGCCAAAAAGUUAUUCUUACAAAAGUGGACAAUACCCUGGCUCAGAAGUUGUGACAAAGACACUUCUGAGAGAACUAAAAUGGCAUUUGAAAGAACGUGAACGGCUGAUACAGGAGAUUGAAAGUGGACACAAAAUUCAAAAACCUGAAAAUGAUUACAAUGGAAUAAGGAGCUACCAAAAUCUUCAAAUAACUAUCCCAGCUACUGAACAACGACAACUUGAAAUUCUUUGCUCUCAAAUCCAACCAUGUCAAACUGGAAUCAUACUCAGCAGAUUUCGAGAGGCUCUAGCAGAAAAUGAUGUUUUACCCUGGGAAAUUGUUUAUUUAUUCAAACAAGUUUUAAAAGAGUUCCUUACUAAUCUUGAGAAAGAAGCUCAGCAAGAUCAACUGGCUGAUGCUUGGAAUACAAAUUUUUCCAGCCAAUUCGCAGCAUCCAGCACCAACUCCAGGAAAAUGGACAAAGAGGAAAUCCCCACUGUAUCCAGCUAUGUUGACAAAAAUACACAAGGCAUCCUUCCAACAUUCUCCCACAGAAUCUGGAAUCUUCCCUAUUACUACCCAUCAAGUUAAUUAUUUUCUCUUUUGCUAAUAUUCAUUCAGUUUAGCUAUAAUCAUUCUGUAAUGACUCAGUACUCCAAAAUUAUCUUCCCAUCCUCAUAAAUGCAAAUUUAAACUUAAAAACAACUACAGCUGGCAUAGUCCUUAAAUAAAUAGGAUGGAUGCUUUAUACUAAUUAAUAGUGUCACAUCAAGAUCCUCCUUAUAGCAGAGAUUUUUUUAUAGAGGUUUUAUCAUUUUUCUUAGCUUUAAUCCUGCAUGGUUGCAGGGUCCCCUUGUUUUCAGUGCAUUCACCUAAUUAUUAGAGCAAAGCUUAACAACACAUGAUGCCAUGAGGGUUUUUGGGUAUCAGCUGUCUUGUCUUGCAGCCUGAUGUUGAUGUGGGCUGAGAGGGAAUGACUAGUCCAAGGUCACCCAGCUGGCUUCUGGGACUAAGGAAGGACUAGAAGCUGGAUAUUGUUAUACUUAACUGGCUAUGUUGGCUGUCUUUAAUACCAUUUAUUUUGCCCCUCUAAAUAUGCAAGAACAAAUUAAAGACUUAGCAAUGUCCUGAAACAUAGUCAUGGUGAAAGACAUUGACAGAUUUUUAUCCUGCAAUUUGCUUACCAAAUGCAAUCUUUUCAAAACAAAGAUGUUGAACUCAAAUCUGAAAAUUUAAAAGGAAGAAAAUAAUAAUCCAUUUUAUAAAAGAUCCUGUUUUUAAUAAACUGGAAACAGAUAAGCUUUAUGAAGGCCUAAAGUAGGUCACAACAAUAGCACCAUCUUUUGCCUUUUAAACAAACAAAAAAGAAUAGUAAAAGAUGCCAAAGAUACACUAGCACCCAAAGGACACUUUUUUUAUAUUGACACUUUGGAAAAAUGUGUGCACAUUUUAAGAUUUAAUCAUAGAUUUAAGACAAAUAUAUAUGUCUUCCUUUUAUAAUGGCUACAAUGUGCUCUCCACAAUUCCCUGGCACGAGACUACAUCUGGGAUAUUGUGGAACAGUGUUUCUCAAACUCGGCAGCUGUGUGUAGAUUUCAACUCCCAGAAUUCUCCAGCCAGCUAAUUGAGGGAGUUGAAGUCCUCAUAUCUUAAAGUUCCCAUGGCUGAGAAACACUGCUGUGGAGGAUGCAAAAUAGUAGCCAGACUAAUGCUGGAGUAUUAUUUGCAUUUACACAAAAUUAAAACCUGAAAGGGAAGGGAAUCUGCUUGACAGCUUUAUUUACACCCUGCAGAAAUUCAGUAAAAUUCAUAUAGGAUGAUCUGAAAUGACAUUCACAGGUUGUAAAAAAAAAAUGGCUAUAUAAGACAAAAUUCCUUUAUCUGAAAUAGUCUGAUAGAAAAGCAGAUACAUUAUGGCUUGCAAUCCUUUAUUACCAAAAAAAGAACUCCUUUUUUCCUUUGCUUCAGAUCCACCAGAAAAUAUAAAUACCUAGAAGCAAUACAUUGAAUUAGAUUUUAUGCUGUAAUUUUUUAUGAAAAAUGAAAUUAGAUUUGCAAAGAAAUGGGAUUUUUAAAAUUGCUAAAAUAGUACUUUUUUACCAAAUGAUGUUAAUUUUUUUGAAAAAUCAUGAGUAAGGUUAGAAUGAGAGAGAGGGAGAGAUUUGGUUAAAAAUUGAACUAAAUGAAUGCUUCUGCCAGUAUCACAUCUGCAGAUGCAGAAUUACUUAGCCUCCACAGGGUUAAUUUCAAAGAAUAAUCAUAACUUUAAAAUGUUAAGUUGAAUGGCUCAAUAUGUAAAACAUGCUGAACUAAAAUAUGGUUGGUUAAUAUGUGUUGUAUAAAUUUACUCAACAAUGUUGAUUUGGGAAUCUCUAGUUAGGCUCUACGCUGAAAGCAAUUAAAGAAUUGUGAAAAUUAGGAAGUAGUAGAAAAAGAGAGCUUUAAGGUGUUUUUCUCAUUAGCAUUCUUUUGCUUCACUGUCUGCAAACAAUAUAAAACUGUGAAGUUAAAGCAACAAAGAAAAAUAUUGUAAAAGCUGCUUAGUAUACUCUUUGAAUAAAUCUCGUUUGAUAUAUGAUAUUCUUCUUAGUAAACAUGUUGACAAAUGUAUUGUUCUUCAGGACUCAAACCCCAAGUUAGAAAUAGGCAACAAGAAAAAAUUUACGGUAUAUAAGAUUGAAAUAUUUUUCUCACUGUUUCUCCAUAAAGAGUUCCCGUUUGUUUUAUUCUCAGUUAGAAUACUUAUUACUCUACAAAAACAACACUGUGAUAAUUUAAGCAGGUUAACAUUACCUCAGAGGAUGUUAAGUAAUAUAUAGCUAUUUAUUUUCAACUCUCCCUAUAAAGAGACAGAGACUACAACAUGAGUAUUUAGAAUUUAAAAUUCUAUAAACACAGUUAUAGUCUCGUAUGAACUGUGAGAACUAUAGCCAUACAGUAAUUUUAUAUUUGCAGAGCAAGACACCAGUGAAAAUAGUUGUUGAGAUGAAUAGAUCAAAUCCAAGAUCUAUUUAGCCCAGGGUUUAAUCCCACAAUAGAAAAUUUAUUUCUAUGGACAGACAGGGAUGAACCAAUUCUCUAAGAAUUACUAGCAUGCUAUAUAUGGUGCUCAUAUAAUAUAGUACACACAUUACUGUACUGUAAACCCUAC